AUGUGGGUCUCAACUGUCCCCUACAAAGCCUUCUCACCCAAAACAAUGCCCAAGACAGGAAUCGAAGUUGUGUCGCCACGGCCACAACAGACUACCCAGAAUGUGGGUCUCACUGUCCCCUACAAAGCCUUCUCACCCAAAACAAUGCCCAAGACAGGAAUCGAACCUGUGUCGCCACGGCCACAACGUGGAGUACUAACCACUAUACUACUUGGCCAAAAGUACUUGAAUAAUGUGUCGCCACGGCCACAACGUGGAGUACUAACCACUAUACUACUUGGGCCGAAAGCGUGA